AUGCCAGGCGCUGCAGGCUCUUGCAAACCUUGUAAGCCCUAUGAGCCGCAGUGCCGCCCAGACAAGGUCCGACUUCCUCCGCGAUGGCGGGCUGGAUAUCCUGCAGGAGCGGUUCGUGCAGUACCUCUCCGCCCCGCCUGUCGCGGAGGUGUGCUGCCGCGUCAUCGCCAACAUGGCCCAGAGCCCCGCCGCCGCUCGGCGCAUGGCGCAGGUCGGCUCCAUCAAGACGCUGCUGGAUGCCAUGAGCGCGCACGGAGACGUCGCGAGGCUCCAGGGAGACGCCUGCAGGGCCAUCGUGAACUUGGCCCAGGACGACGUGGCCAAGAAGAACGGAUCAAUGAGCUCGGGGCAUUCCAGGCUAUGCUGCAGUCGCAGAAGAGAUUCGAGUUCGAGCCAGCCUUCUGGGAGAUGCGGUGGGGUAUGAAGGCGAUGGAGGAGGGGGAGAACGUCAUGGUGAACUACCGCGGCAAGGACCGGUGGGUCAGCGCGAAGGUGACGCGCGUGAACCAGGGCAACGGGGCCUACGACGUCUCCUACGCCCACGGUGGCAGCGACCGGCGCGUCCCUGCCCACCUGGUUCGCCCCAAGGAUCCCGCGGACAAGAUCGAGGAGUUCGCCGCGGUGUACCAGUGGAAGCCCGACGGCAAGCUCACUGCGGACGAGAUCACCCUGAAGUCCGACGGCAUGUUGACCAAGAAGAGCCAAGGACUUGGAGCGGCAGGCACGUGGAAGGUAGUCGAGCCCAAAGGCGACAAGGGCGGGGGCCGCAACAUCGUGAAGAUUGAGUUCUCUGGAGAGGUGAACUCCAUAGACAUGGAGCGCAUCUCGUUGACGACCUUGCGCGCUGUUGGGUCUCCCGCACGCGCUGUGCUGAAAGAUCAGAACGAGGACUGCCUCUACGUCGAAUACUUCUCUUUCAAGGAAGGCAUACCUGGCGACAAGCCGCCCCCCCUGCUGGGGCGGAAGCCGGACGUGGUGCGCGUCGAGCAGCAGGUCUACCGGCUGGAGCAGUCGGAGCCGUGGACGGGGCUGCCCGACGCGUUCGCCGAGAAGUUCGUGACCCGGUGGAGGGGCCACCUCGAGAUCACGCGGAUGGGCGAGUACACCAUCAAGCUCGAGGCGGACACGGGCGCGACGCUGUGGCUCAACGACAAGCUGGUCGUCGAGGCCCCCGGGGAGGUGAACCUGAAGCUCCUCGCGGGCCCGCAGCGGGUCUGCCUGGUGUACUUUGCCAAGGCGGCGGACACGAAGAUGAUAAAGCUGUCGUACUGUGGCCCAGACUCGGGGGACGAGAUGCAGGUGAUACCCGUGGCCGUCAUGCAGCACAGCCUGGAGGACUGCCGCGUCGAGGGCAAGCCGGGCUGGAUGGCCGAGUACUUCCCGGAAUCCUACGAGGAUGGGGUCAUCCCCGAGGCGCUGGACCCAGACAUCGUGCGGGUGGAGAAGCAGCUCGACUUCGACGAGACCAAGGACGCCUGGCAGGGGCUUCCGCCGCGCUACAGCUCCAACGGCGACGCAGAUGGCUUUGCCGCCCGCUACACGGGAUACGUCGAUGUCACUUGCGGCGACGCGAAGAAGGCGAAGUACACUUUCGCGCUUGAGUCUGGCAAACGCGGCAAGGUCUACAUCGACGACAAGCUGGAGGUCGAGGACGACGAGCCCACCGAGGUGGAGCUCAAGAAGGGCAGGCACCUGUUCCGGGUGGAGUUCUCCUGCAAGAAGGGGGAGCCGCACGGGCUGAAGCUCAAGUACAAAGGGCCCGAGACGCUGCCCAAGCUCGAGGAGGGCGAAGAAAUUCCAGACGACCCAGAGUGGGGUUUCGUCCUGGUGCCGCCCACGGCCACCUUCUACUACAACCUGCCGCCCUGCGUGCAGUGCAAGGGCAACCCGAUGACCAAGCACGAGGGGGCGGUGUGCCUCAUGCUGUGGGGAAGCGACGACAAGCGCAUCGCUUCCGUCGGCAGCGCUGGCAAGGUGCACCUGUGGGACCCGCCCACCGGGAACCACAUGGGGGAAAUUAUCAUCGGAGCGAAUGUGAGCACCGGCUGCGCGUCGAAGGCGUCCACCUCGCUGAUCGCACUGGCUCUGGAGGACUCCGAUCACUCCAUUCGGCUCAUCGACCUCGACAAGCCGAACGACAAGGAGAGGCUGCUUGUGCACAAGAAGGAGGAAGAGGAGGAGGAGGAGGCCGCGCCAGCCGAGGAGGAGGAGGAGGAGGGAGCAGAGCCCCCCGAGAAGCCCCCGGAGAAGCCUGGAGCGCACGAGCUGAAGGUCAACUGCUGCUGUUUCAGCCCCGACGGGACGCUACUGGCCUCCGUCAGCGGCGACGGCCUGGUGAAGAUUUGGGGCGUGAACGACCUGUCGGAGAAGUGGACGAUCCCUGUGCGGAACAAACUGAAGGACGGAAGCGAGGAAAAAGUUCCUGUGCUGACGUGUGCCUUUACUGGCGAUGGCAACCUGCUGCUCACCGGUGGCCAGGAGAAGUGCCUCCGCAUCUGGAACCCAGCCACCGGCGAGCCGUGGCGCGGCCCGCAGAAGCUGCUGCCGAAGGAGGCCCCGCCCGAGGGCGAAGAGGGAUGGCCAGAGGGCGAGGAGCCCGAGGACAAGUACGAGCCAGGGGAGGUGAUCGUGCUAGCAGGCCACAACGCACCCGUGCACCACGUCACCUUCUCGCCGAAGGCCGAGAACCUGAACCGGUUCGCCAGCUGCAGCAGCGACGCGACCAUCUGCAUUUGGGACCUGUCGUACACCGAGACCUCGGCCACCCUCGAGGCGGUCAUCGACCCCAUCCAGUGCCUCUCGCAGUUCGUCGUGUGGUCCCCGGAUGCGGCCACGCUCACCGCUUCCUGCGAGGACAUCAACGUCCAGCUCUUCUCCGCGGUGAGCGGGAAGCCGCGCGCCGAGCCGCUGAAGGGCCACUCCGCCACCGUCAGGGCCGCGGCCUGGGCGCCCAACGCGCAGUGCUUCGCCACGGGCUCGGAAGACCAGAGCGUCAGGAUGUGGCACUUCCUGGUCAACCGCAACAUCACCGAGAUCGCGGAGCUGGAGGGCGAGCAGAUGGUGUUUGCGGACGACAUGCAGAGCUGGGCUGAGCUGCUGGCGCACAUCAGGCAGGACUUCAAGACAUACGAGAAGGGGCUGUCGGACUACGAGCCGUCCAUCCGGUCACUGCGCAAGUCCCUUGACGAGGCGCUCGACCGCACCAAGUCGUACAUCAACCGCGAGCAGCUGCUGGGGUUGACUAUCACCGACUACUUUGAGCUCGACGGCAUGAUCGACGACUUCGCGCCGUAUUACCAGCUGUGGGACACGGUGAUCACCUUCCAGAGGUCAGAGCUCAACUGGACCAACAACGUCAUCAGCUCCCUCAAGGCCACGGAGAUAGAGAACCUCCUGGACCAAUGGUACAAGGAUGUCUACAAGAUGAUCAAGACUUUCGACAACGACAACAUGCGUAGUGUGCAGAAGAUCGCCAAGGAGCUGAGGCAGGGCAUCGAAGACUUCAAGGUCAGGUUCCCCUUCCUCCGGGCGUUUGCCAACGAGUCGAUCUUGGAUCGGCAUUGGGAUACGAUGUUCGAGCGCAUGGGAAAGGCAAAGCCCGCACCGUAUGCGGAAAUCACUCUGCGGAUGAUGCUCGACCUGGAUGUCCUCGAGUUCACGAAUGACUUUGAGGAGCUUUCCACAGCCGCGGCGAAGGAGCAUGCGCUGAAGAGGUCGUUAGCCAGCAUGAAGAGUGACUGGGAGCCCCUCGAGUUCCAAACGAACCCCCGCAACGGCGUGCCGCUGCUCAAGGGUAUCGACGACAUUCAGACGGUCCUGGACGAUCACAUCUCGAAGACGCAGGCGAUCCGCAGCAGCCCCUUCUGCAAGCCCUUCGAGAAGGAGGUGCACGAGUGGGAGGCUACGCUGAUGUACAUCCAGGACUUCCUCGAUCAGACCAUCGCUCUGCAGAGGUCUUGGAUGCAGCUGGAGCCCAUUUUCGUGUCCGACGACAUCAAGCGCCAGCUCCCGCAGGAGUCCGAGCAGUUCGGCCGCAUCGACGGCAACUUCCGCAUGCGCAUGAACCAGGUGGACGAGAUCAAGAACUGCAUCAAGAUUUCGCAAAUUGAGAAGAUCGUGGAAGAUAUGACGGAAUCCAAUGUCACGAUUGAGAAGGUGCAGAAGGGUCUUAAGGACUACCUUGAGACUAAGCGGCUCUACUUCCCGCGAUUCUUCUUCCUGAACGACGCCGAUCUGCUCAGCAUCCUCGCGGAGACCAAGGAUCCGACGCUCGUGCAGCCGCACAUGAACAAGGCCUUCGAGGGCAUCGCAAAGGUUCGCUUCGACGCGAACAAUGCCAUCAUUGAGGCCAUGAUCUCGGCCGAGGGCGAGAGCGUCGACUUCAAGACCGUCGUGGAUGUGACGACUCCUGGCAACGCCGGCGCGGUGGAGCGCUGGCUGCUGGAGGUCGAGACUUCGAUGAUGGACACGCUGCGAGACGUGACGCAGAAAUCCAACAGCGCGUACGCGACGUCGGACCGCCCCAAGUGGUGCUGCGAGUGGCCGGGCCAGGUGGUCCUCUGCACCGACUGCAUCUAUUGGACCUCCGAGGUGGAACAGGCCCUCAGGGCCGGCGCCAUCGCCAACUACGAGAAGAAGCUCUUCGCGCAGCUCGAUAAGAUCGUGGACCUGGUGCGAGGUGAGAUGACGAAGCUUAACCGUGUCACCGUUGGUGCCAUGGUCACCAUCGACGUCCACGCGCGCGAUGUGAUCACGGACCUCGUGAAGGACAAGAUCAGUUCCCCAGACGACUUCGCCUGGCUUGCUCAGCUACGGUACUACUGGCAGGAGGUUGGUGCGUUCACGAGGAAGGACACGCAGAAGCUGAACACCAAAAUGGAGUGCAAGGUGGCGAUUGUGAACUCGGCGCUGCUGUACGGAUUCGAGUACCUCGGGAAUUCUGCCAGGCUUGUCAUCACGCCGCUGACGGACCGGUGCUACCGAACUCUCAUGGGGGCCUUCGACCUCUACUACGGGGGUGCUCCAGAGGGACCUGCAGGGACUGGCAAGACAGAGAGCACAAAGGAUUUGGCCAAGGCCUUGGCGAUCCAGUGUGUCGUAUUCAAUUGCAGUGACAGCAUGGACUACCUGCAGCUGGCCAAGUUUUUCAAGGGGCUUGCAAGCAGCGGGUCGUGGUGCUGCUUCGAUGAGUUCAACCGGAUCUCCCUCGAGGUGUUGUCUGUCGUCGCACAGCAGAUUCAGCAGAUUUCGCUAGCAAUCAAGCGGCGAGUAGAAACCUUCAUUUUCGAGGAGACCGAGAUCAGACUCGUUGCCACAUGCGCGGUCAACAUCACCAUGAAUCCAGGUUACGCAGGCCGCUCAGAGCUUCCAGACAAUCUCAAGGCACUUUUCCGCCCCGUUGCAAUGAUGGUGCCGAACUACGCGCUCAUUGCGGAGAUCCGCCUAUACUCUUUCGGCUACUCCGAUGCUAAGCGUAUUGGGACGAAGGCCACAAUGGCCUUGAAGCUCUCUUCAGAGCAGCUCUCGCCACAGAAGCACUACGACUUCGGCAUGCGCGGCCUGAACGCGCUGCUCGUCGCCGGCGGCAACGGCAAGCGUCAGUACGGGGAUCAGUACCCGGAGGAUGUCAUCGCGCUGCGCUCCUUCACUGACGUCAACCUGCCUAAGUUUACCACGGCCGACUUGCCGCUCUUCAAGGGUAUCAUCGGCGACCUGUUCCCUGGCGUGGAGCUGCCACCGAGUGACACUGCCAAGCUGGUAGAGGUCAUCAGUAACGUGUCCAUCAAGAAUGGUCUCCAGCCUGCAGGACCUUUCACCACGAAAGUCAUACAGUUGUGGGAGACCGUCCUCGUUCGCCACGGGCUGAUGACGGUCGGCAUCCCUCCGUGCGGGAAGACGAACGUGAAGAACGUGCUCGCGGAGACGUUGGCGGAGCUGGCAGAUGGAGGCGAUACCUACAUGCCCGUCACGCAGUACGUGGUUAACCCCAAGUCCAUCACCCAGGGGCAGCUGUACGGCGAGUCCGACCUGAACACGCAGGAGUGGACAGACGGCGUGCUGGCGAUCGCCGUGCGCGAGGCCGCGAAGGCCUUCGGCGACGGCAGGCGCCAGUGGGUCGUGCUCGACGGGCCCGUGGACGCCAUCUGGAUCGAGAACAUGAACACGGUGCUGGACGAUAACAAGAAGUUGUGCCUCAACAGCGGCGAGAUCAUCAAGCUGUCGGUCGUCACCACGAUGCUGUUCGAGGUCCGGGAUCUGGACUACGCAUCGCCAGCGACUGUGUCUCGGGUCGGCAUCGUGUUCCUGGAGCCGAACACAGAUCUGGGGUGGGUGCCGAUGUUGGACUCUUGGCUUCUGACGCUCCCAGAUUAUGUCAAGGACAAGCACAGCACGCAGAUCCAUUCUCUCUUCCACAGCUUCUUCCCAGUGAUGCUGGAGUGCACCAAGCGCGUGAAGACCCCAUUUCCAGUCUCAGAUGGUUGGCUGUGCUCCAUGGCAAAUCGCUUGAUGACCGCGUUGAUUCAGGAUAAGGCUGAGGUUUACUGCAAACCGACCAUCGAAUUUGAGGAGGGUGAAGAGGUUGACGAAGACGCAGACAGAGGGCAAAGUUUUGCCGAUCGUGAGGCGAUGAUCGUUCAACUGUUUUGGUUCACGAUGGUGUGGACCUGCGGGGCCUGCACCGACUCCGAUGGCCGAGCCUUCGUAUGCGAAAUCAUACGUAGCUGCCAGGACAACAAGAAGGAUCUUCUGAAAAAGUUCAAUUUCGUGGAGGACUUUGAGAAGAUUGAGCUGACAGGUGGUGGCACCACUCACAGCCCGCCGCGCAAGGGGCUGAUGCACGAUCUGUUCAUUGAUUCUUCUGAUGGAGGGAAGUGGAAGCCAUGGACGGAUCGUAUCGCGGGCUUCGACAUUCCAAAGGACGCGCCAUACCACACCAUCGUGGUUCCCACAGCGGACACGGUUCGGAAUCAGUUCUUGAUCCGUACAUUGAUCGAAUCUUCUUUCAAUAUUUUGAUCAGUGGCCCAACUGGCACUGCCAAGACAGCGUCGAUCCAGGGCAUGCUGUUGUCGGGAUUCUCGCCCGAUCUCUUCAGCUCGAUCGCCUUCGCCUUUUCGGCGCAGACCACAGCGAACCAGACGCAGGACGUGGUCGACGGCAAGCUGGACAAGAAGAAGAAGGGCACCUUCGGCCCCCCGCCCGGGAAGAAGAUGCUCGUCUUCAUCGACGAUCUGAACAUGCCCUUCAAGGAGACGUACGGUGCGCAGCCCCCGAUCGAGAUCCUGCGGCAGAUGUUCAUCCAGACUCCCUUCGGCUACGGGUGGUACGACCGGAAGGGCUGGGAGUUCCGCAACUUGGUCGACAUCAACAUGCUCGCGGCCAUGUGUCCACCAGGGGGAGGCAAGAACGACGUCACGGACCGGUACUCCCGCCACUUCAACUUGGUCUUCGUCACGCCAUUCGACGACGAGAGCCUCAACAGGAUCUUCACCACCGUGGUCAACAAGUUCUUGUCCGUCAUGCCCCGAGACGUCGCCGGGGCGGCUCCUUCCGCCGUCUCCGCCACGCUGGAGGUGUACAACACGGUCCUGAAGGAGAUGCUGCCGACGCCGGCGAAGUCCCACUACACGUUCAACAUGCGAGACGUCGCCAAGGUCUUCCAGGGUAUCUGCCAGUGCACGCGCGAGUCUCUUCCGAAGGUGGACGACCUCGUCAAGGUCUGGGCGCACGAGUGCGAGCGUGUGUUUAAGGACCGCUUGGUCAGCAAGCAGGAUUUGAUGUGGUUCUUCGGCCUGUGCAAGCGCCAGAUGGACCGCCACUUCAAGAGGCCAUACGACCAGGUUGUGAAGAUGGAGCCGAUCAUAUUUGCAGACUUCGUUGACCCCAAGAGCACCAGCUACAUGGAGGUAGUGGACCACGAGAGGCUGACGGCCAAGGUCUCGGAGUGCCUGGAGGACUACAACUCCGUCAGCAAGAUCCGCAUGGACCUCGUGCUCUUCACCUCGUUCAUCCAGCACAUCUGCCGGGUGAUCCGCGUCCUCAGGCUGCCCCUUGGCAACGCCCUGCUGGUCGGCGUGGGAGGCAGCGGGCGCAAGGCCACGACCACCCUGGCGACCUACGUCGCCCAGUACGAGCUCUUCCAGAUCGAGAUGUCCAAGGGCUACGGACUGAACGAGUGGCACGACGACAUGAAGAGGCUGCUGAUGAAAUCUGGCUGCACUGACCAGAACAUGGUCUUCCUGUUCUCCGACACGCAGAUCGCCAAGGAAGCCUUCUUGGAGGAGGUGAGCUCGAUCCUCAACACCGGCGAGGUGCCCAACCUGUAUGCGAACGAGGACAAAAUGGAGAUCUCCGAGAAGUGCAGCAAGGGCGCCGGCGCCGCGGGGCGCACGGGGCCGGCCGAGAUCUUCGCGUGGUACGUCGAGCAAUGUCGGAAGAACCUCCACGUGGUGAUCGCGAUGUCGCCCAUCGGGUCGGCGUUCCGCAACCGCCUGCGCAGCUUCCCGAGCCUGGUCAACUGCUGCACGAUCGACUGGUUCCACGAGUGGCCAGCCGAGGCUCUCGAGGCUGUCGCAAACCAGUUCUUGAGCAAAGACAAGGACCUCGAGUUCGACGAUGCCAUCAGGACCAACGUGGUCAAGGUCAUGGUGGACACGCAGACCACUGUGACCGACCUGUCCGAGAGGUUCCUGGUGGAGCUCAAGCGGUACUACUACGUGACGCCGACGUCCUACCUGGAGCUGAUCAACUCCUUCAUCAGCACUCUGAAGAGCCGCCGGCAGAUUGUGCAGAAGGCCAAGUGGCGGUACGACACCGGCCUCGAGAAGAUCAACGACGCCAAGGAGCAGGUCUCCGCCCUGCAGAUCCAGCUCAACGAGCUGGAGCCCGUGCUGGAGAAGGCGGCCCAGGAGACAGGCGAGAUGAGGGAGCGCGUGGAACAGCAGCAGGUCGGGGCCGUGGAGAAGAAGGCGAUUGUGGAGGAGGAGGAGGCCAAGGCCAACGUGCAGAAGGCCACCGCCUCGGAGAUCAAGGCGGACUGCACGAAGGACCUGGAGGCAGCGAUGCCCGCGUACGAGUCCGCGGUGGAUGCGCUGAGCAAGCUGUCGAAGGGCGACGUGGGCGAGGUGCGCGGCAUGAAGGCGCCGCCCUCGGCUGUGUACCAGCAUCUCUGA